GCAGAUAUAAUUUAGUCGUGCGGCAUCGUCGAUGCCAAUUCGAUAAUAAGAAAUACCAGCGCAAGCAGCCAGAAUCAAACCCCAAUAUCCACACACCGGGCCGUCAUGCUGGACUUGUACAGGCGCGCGGUGGGUCGCUUUCCACUGGGCAAUGUCAGUUACAUGUUUGCCUAUGGCUCCGGCGUAAAACAGCAGGUGGGCUACGAAAGUAUCAGCCAGAGGCCGGAUUCUAAAAGUGUCAUCGAUUUAGUAUUUUGCGUACGCGAUACUGUGGGCUUCCAUGCGGAGAAUAUACAUCGGCAUUCCAGUCAUUAUUCGGCGUUGCGUUACCUAGGCGCAAACUUUGUGACACAGUAUCAAGAGCUCUUGGGCGCACAGGUUUAUUUCAAUACGCUUGUGCCGUUGCAUGAUCUUGGUGUGACCAUCAAAUACGGUGUGGUGCAUGAGGAGCAUUUAAUUGAGGAUUUGCUACAUUGGCGGCACUUAUAUUUGGCUGGACGCCUGCAAAAGCCCGUUACUGCUCUCGUUAAUCUGGACGACAAUCCACGACUUAAGUCUGCGAUGGAACGAAACCUGCAGUCAGCGUGCCAAGUCGCUCUGCUGCUGCUGCCCGAGAAGUUUACUAGCUACGAGCUAUUCACUGCCAUUGCUGGACUCAGCUACAAGGGCGACUUUCGCAUGAUUUUUGGCGAGAAUAAGCAGAAGGUGCACAAUAUUGUCCAGCCACAACUCUCCGAGUUCUUUGCGCUUUACCUGCCGGCCAUGCGGCAUCUGUCACAGUACUUGGCCGUGAAUAUGCAUGGCGUGGAACCGGGUUCACUAAAGCCAGCGAUUGUUUUUGAGCAAGAUAAAUCGCGCGAUGCCACGCGAUUUCAUCUCCGCCAUUUACCCAAGGAGCUAUGCGGUCGUCUGCAGCGAAAUGCCGCCUGCCGCGGUGACUACACGGAUGUGGUAGAAUAUCUGGUGGCAGCACCACAGCCCUCCAAAAUAGUCCAGGUCUCGGUUAAUGACAUUGUCUGGCGCAGCAGCAUCACGCAAUCGCUCAAAAAUAUAGCCACUGCGGGCCUUAUCAAGUCCUUGGUCUACAGCUAUCGCAAGGCAUUGAAGACUUUCGCCGUUUAAGAAACUUUCGCAUCUGCCAUAGGUCCGCUAAUCCUUCCUGCCAAUUAUUGACUAAGUUCCGCUUCUUGUGCAGUUUUUGUUAAUUAAUUUUAAGCCUCAAAGGUGUUGACAUCAAAAGAAAAUCUGUUGUUA